AUGUACUUUCCAAUAGGAUGGCCCAAAGUUCUGAAAAAUCUGGGCGCAGAUAAUCAAAUUAUAAAACAAAUUGUGUCAAAUAGAGACAAAAUAUUGUUUGCUUCAUUGAGUGAUGAUUGUCUCAUAGUAUGGUUUUGUAAGCCUACUGUCCCGAUUGUGUAUCAUAAGAGGAGUGCAGAAUCUCUCCAGAGACUUGGUGUCAAUGUUGGUGUAGAAUGGAAGCCAGACUCGUCCAUGAUAUGCAUUUCAACAUCGGAAGGACAUCUAAUACUGUAUAAUGUGGAGGUACACAGUGAACACACAGCAUACCAGCAAUAUGAUCCACCCACUGCUAGUUUACGACGAGACUCUGCCGAACUGUUUGUUAAAGAAGUUAUACCAUCAUUAAAGAUAACACAGAUCAAAGAAGUUUUAGUAUGGGAUGGUCAAAUCACACGGAUGUGCUGUAUAUCGGGGACGGAGAUCCUGGUGUGCACUACCAGGGCGCAUCUGUUGCGCUACCGGUGGGAUGGCACACAGAACAGAGAUUAUUGUCUCGACCUAGGACGAAUACCCUUUUCUAUAAACCAACAAGUUUCGAAAGCUGAACCAAUACUGGAAGAUAACACACACGUCAAUGAUAUUGAAUAUUCUCCUUUGGUGUGUGGAUUCGGUAUAACACUCAACGAUGGACGGGCGGCAUAUCUCACAGCGCCUAAUCUUAAAUUUGACCCUAAUGCAGUCCAGGGUAUUUGGGCACCGGGCAUUGAUGACGCGACUUGCGCAAGAGUCAAUCACAAGUUUAGAUUAAUUGCUAUUGGUAGGAAAAACUCUCAAGUGGAUGUGUUUACGAUAGAUGAAGCGACGGGCGGCUUAGAAUUGUCGCAUACGAUGGUCCUGAGCUCCAAAGAUUUCCCAGGCGACCCGGGACCUGUUAAAUGUGUGAGAUGGACAGCGGACGGGCGAGCCGUAGCAGUGAGUUGGGAACGCGGCGGAGUAUCCGUAUGGAGUACGUUCGGCGCAUUACUGAUGUGCUCACUGGCUUGGGACUAUGGACUUAAUCAGGAACUUACUAAGCACAAUCCCCUCGUUGUGAGCAGUCUGGAAUGGGCGACGGAAGGAUAUCAACUGUGGAUGGUUAAAGUCGAGGGUGAUUCAAGCACUAAUUUGAUCCAGUUGGAUUUUGUUAAAAGUCCUCUAAGUGUUAAUCCAUGUAUGAGUAAUCAAAGACAUCUGUACUUACAAGCGGAUGAUAAACUAUACGUCAAUUUGGAAGACAAUCUCACAAAGCGAACCAAGAUCUCUAUCAUAGAUUCAUCUUCAGAUAUUUACCAAUCUGAGAACGGUUUACAAGACCAGCCUAACUUGGAAUAUGAGAACAGCACUAACUACAGGGAGUUCGUUGAUGACAAUGAUUGCAGGAAACAGUGGAUAGUUUUGCCGUUACCAGCGACAUACAUUGCGACUAAUUGGCCUCUCAGGUACAGCGCAAUCGACGAAGUCGGCAUGAACGUGUGCGUGGCGGGCCGUACGGGGCUCGCGCACUACAACUGCACCUCGAGGAGGUGGAAACUGUUCGGCAACGAGGCGCAAGAGAAGGACUUCGUCGUCACUGGCGGUAUGCUGUGGUGGAGAGAAUAUAUUGUCAUAGGAUGCUACAGUAUACUAGAUGGUCACGAUGAGAUCCGCUUCUACCCGAGAGAGGCGAAGCUCGACAACAAGUCUGCAAAAAUAGUUCGAGUGCAAUCGCAAGUGUUCGUACUCGAUAUCCUUGAUGAUCAGCUGGUUGUCUUCGGUGCUGAUGCACUUGUUACCAUAUAUGAACUCACAGCUUUGGACGAUGCGGGUAACAUAGAAAUGCGGUGUGUACAAGCAGUGGAUGUGUCUGCGCUGUCUCACCCCGCGUGUGUGGUGUCUGCGUCGCUGUGUCGCCUGCAGGACCCCCCAAACCGACAUCGCUCGUCUACCACGGUUCAAGUUCAGCGACACCCUGACUCACUGGUGAUCAACGCCAGCGGCAAACUGAUGAUGGUCCAGAGGGAGGAGUACGAUGUUGACGAAGAUAAUAAUCCGGUACACUUCGUGGCUUUGGAUUAUACCAUUCAACUUAACUUCUAA